AUGGGGAAGCCGUCGCUCAAGAAGAAGAGGGCCUCCUCCGGCAAGGCCGGCGGCGGGGACCACCACCAUGGGGCCGGCGCCAAGCCGGGGGCGCUGGAGCGAUCGGGCUCCAAGGUGCUCGACGGCGACGACACCAUCUUCGCGGAGAUGGCGCAGGAGCUGCGGGAGGAGGGGAACAAGCUCUUCCAGCGCCGGGACUACGAGCGCGCCCUCCUCAACUACGAGAAGGCUGUCAGGCUGCUCCCCGCCGGGCCCCCCUCCGCCGCCCUCGACGCCGCCUACCUCCACAGCAACCUCGCCGCCUGCUACAUGCAGAUGAGCCCCCCCGACCACUACCGCGCCAUCAACGAGUGCAACCUCGCCCUCGAUGCCUCCCCGAAGUACUCCAAGGCGCUGCUCAAGCGGGCCCGCUGCUUCGAGGCGCUCGGCCGCCUCGACCUCGCCGCCCGGGAUGUCGACAGGGUGCUGGCCGCCGAGCCGGGGAAUCUGACGGCGCUCGACGUCGCCGACAGGGUCAGGCGGACCAUGGAGGAGAAGGGGUUUGUUGUGGACGGGGAGGCCGUCAUGCCCACGCCCGAGGAGGUGGUCGCCGCCGCGCCCAAGCAGCAGCCGAAGCCCAGGAAGAAGAAGGGGAGGAAGGCGGCCGCCAAGGCUGCCGCUGCCGCCGUGGAGGAGCAGGGGGAGGAGAAGGCGGCCGAGCCUGUCAAGGAGGCCGAGGAGCCGCCCAGGCAGGUCAAGCUCGUGUUCAGCGAGGACAUCCGGUGGGCUCAGGUGCCGGCGACCUGCAGCAUGGCCCAGCUGCGGGAGGCCGUCCGUGGAAAGUUCCCGGGACUCAAGGCUGUUCUUGUCAAGUACAAGGACAAGGAGGGCGACCUUGUCACCAUCACCAACCAGGACGAGCUCAAAUGGGCCGAAGACUUGACUGAGCCAGGGAGCUCGCUUCGGCUCUAUGUCACCGAAGCUGACCCGGAGCAUGAGCCUUAUGUUGAGGAUACCAGUAGCAACCCGCUGGACAGAAAUACGCACAACGCGUCGGACAAUGGAAGCAUCAGAAGCAACAGGCAGGAUGAGGACAGGAGCACCGUGACUUACAUUGAUGAUUGGAUUAUGCAGUUCGCUCGCCUUUUCAAGAACCAUGUCGGGGUCAGCUCCGAUGAGUAUCUCGACCUCCAUGAGGUCAGUAUGAAGCUGUACACCGAUGCCAUUGAAGACACCAUUACUACCGACGAAGCCCAGGAGGUGUUUCAGCUUGCUGAGGGGAACUUCCAGGAGAUGGCAGCGCUUGCGUUUUUCCACUGGGGUAAUGUGCACAUGUCUCGUGCUAGGAAGAGGCUGCUCUUACCCGAAGACUCUCCAAAGGAAUUGGUGCUUGAGAAAGUCAAGGAAGCGUACGAGUGGGCAAAGGAAGAGUACAAGAAGGCCGGGAAGACAUACGAAGAAGCUGUAAGGGCCAAGCCGGACUUUUUCGAAGGUUUCCUUGCACUUGCACACCAACAGUUUGAGCAAGCAAAGCUGUCAUGGUAUUAUGCUAUCGGUACCAAUGCGGAUCUAGACACAUGGCCUUCCUCUGAAGUCUUGGAGCUCUUCAAUAGAGCUGAGGAUAACAUGGAGAAGGGUACAGAGAUGUGGGAGGAAGUGGAAGAACAGCGCCUGAAGAAUCGAUCCAAACCUAGCCAGGAAAAUGCCGUGCUAGAGAAGAUGGGCAUGGAGGAGUAUAUCAAAGAUGUAUCCACUGAUGACGCUGCUGAACGGGCUUCCAAUAUGAGGUCUCAGAUCAAUAUUCUGUGGGGUAUGCUGCUUUAUGAGCGCUCGGUUGUGGAGUUUAAAUUAGGACUGCCAGCGUGGGAGGAUUGUCUGAUGGCAGCAAUUGAGAAGUUUAAACUUGGAGGAGCUUCAGCUACAAACAUUGCUGUGUUGGUGAAGAACCACUGUGCAAAUGAAACUGCCCAGGAUGGUUUGGGCUUCAAUGUCGAUGAAAUUGUGCAAGCCUGGAAUGAGAUGUACGACAUUAAACGGUGGCUGCGUGGUGCUCCAUCCUUCCGUCUCGAGCCAUUAUUUAGGCGGAGAACUCCGCAACUGCAUAUGGCACUGGAGCAUAUAUAG